AUGGGUGUGGAAGUCACAUGGCGUCGCAUCCACAUAUUUAAGCUUUUGAUGGCUGAAACGGCGGAGAAAGUGAUAAUCACUACUUCGUCGUGCUCAACGACACGCUCUGGUAUUUUAUCAAACCCGUCUCGCACAACCGGAAUCGGAACAAAGGUUAGCAGGAAAGCACUCCAGCCAAAAAUUCUAUCCUUAAACCUACACCGCGACAUAGAACCCGCGCCCUACACAAAAAUCCUGAAACAAUGGCCUCAACCACCGGCUCUCAACUCGUCAACCACACUCUUCCCACUUCCUCCAGCUCUGCUACAUCGACCAUUACCAAGCCCGUCAAGGGAACCACCAAACCCUGCUUUAGUUGCGGUUGUGGUGAUGAAGAUUGCGAUUGCUUCGUCUGUAUCGUUAUGUGAAAACGCAUUACGGAUGUGA